AUGCAAUCUUCUCUUCCCCUUUGCAGAGAAUUUUUUGAAAAAAUAACUGCAUAUUUAGAUUAUCAUGAUUUCAGGUUAACCAUUACUGCCAAUCAGCCUUCAAUUACUCUCCCUUACUACGUAGACGAAAAAGCCCAUUCCAUAGAACUAAUUAUCUUCAAAACAACAUUUUUAUCUCUUUUCCAAGAAGCACAUACAUAUUUUAACAAAACUUUCUCUGAUCAAAGCGGCAUUUCUAAUGAGAAUAUUUAUUACAUGACUGUUGGAUUUCUACUUACAACACCUGAAAACAAAACGGUAUAUAAUGUACACGAAGAUUUACUCAAGAGAUACUUCCAGGACAACAGUGUUUUAGUAAUACCGGAUUUAUUGGUCAAAGAAGUAAGACUGAUUCAACGGCUUCUUUGUUCAUCAAACAAUCGUAUCAACAAGUCGUCAUCUCUUUGGAUAUUAUACCGAAAACUAUUCGUUUUAUCUCUUGAUGCUAAUACACUGGUUCUUCCAGAUAUUUUAUUUGUAUUUCAUUCUUCUGGAUCCCAACAUUUCUCUAAUUACUACUGUUGGAAUACUGCUAGGUGGUUCUACGAUAAUUUACCUUACAAUAAAAGAAUUGAGCUCUUCAAUUUGACUAAGAGAUUUUGCUUUCAAAAUGUUAAGGAUUGUUCCUCAUGGAGCGCAUUAGCAUAUAUGGUAUGCCAGCAGGAGGAAAAAAAAACCGAUAAUAUACGUGAUUUUCAAAGACUAACAAGCUCUUUUAAUGUUCCGUUCAAGAUAAAUAAAGUGGAUUUGAAUUUUCAAGUACAGCCUGCGGAUGCAUUUACUCAGGAAUUAGUAAAAUGGAUUGAUCGAACGUAUGCUGCAGAUUGGCCUCCAUAUCUGUGUCUUCUGCAAAUUACGAAAUUUAAUAUCACCCUUAGAAUUGAAAUGGACUCUGUCUUAUUGACUUGGAGAAAUGAAAUUCUGAAUUUUGAAGAGAACAGUGGUCAUAUCAAAAUGAUAAAUAAUACUCCAAUAGUACCUGAGAAAUUUUCAAACGAUCUUCUAACUUCUGUGAAUUUUGCACAUUUUGGCUAUAAAAAGCUUUUCUUAAAUAAGUUUUUGGAUAAAAAUAAGAAAGAACAAUCAGAUAGUUAG